AAGGAACCUUGCAGUGUGUGUGUGUGUGUGUGUGUGUCUUCUGUGUAAGACUUCACAUCCAAGGAAUCCAAACACUGAACACACUUGAGUAACAGCAGAAGCGGAACGAUUGGAAGACCUGGUUUGGCGUCAUGGCUCUGCUCGUCCACAUGUUGGCCUGUGCCUUUGGGGUUGGAUCUUGGGUGGUGGUGAACGGCUUGUGGGUGCAGCUGCCUCUCAUCGUCAACACUCUCCCAGAGGGAUGGGACCUCCCGUCUUACCUGACAGUUAUCAUCCAGCUUGCUAACGUGGGACCGCUGGUGGUCACUCUCAUGCACAAGCUGUGCCCACACCGUCUCAAUGAGCGUUUUGUCAUUUAUGCCAUCCUCUCCAUCGGUGUCCUGUCCUGCGUCUUGCUUGCUCUCUUCUGGGAUAAGACUACAACUGUGGCUGGAGCAUCACGUAGCACUGCAUUCUUCGUCAUCUCCUUUUUUCUCUCUCUGGUGGACUGCACUUCCUCAGUUACAUUCCUGCCUUUCAUGAUGCAGCUUCCUGCCAAAUACGUCACUUCCUACUAUAUUGGUGAAGGCUUGAGUGGUUUCCUUCCUGGUGUAGUGGCUUUGGCACAAGGUGUUGGCAUGUCCAAAUGCGUCAACUCCUCUGAGACCUCUGGAAACCAUACAGGCAACGAGGAUUUGCACACCGAGUAUCUGCCUCCGAACUUCUCCAUUCAGGGGUUUUUCUUCUUUUUAACAGCCUUGAUGUGUGUAAGCCUGAUUGCUUUUAUUGCACUCAACAGGCUUAUUCCAAAAUUCAAGCACACCAGUGAAAACCUUGUCGCAGACACCGUGGAAUCUUCCAGAUCUGGUGUGGAUAAUCCCGGAGUAGAGAAGGAUGGAGAAGGAACGGAGUGCCAGGGUGAAGGGAGCACAAGGAAAAGGCUUCCACUGGCCAUAACACACCACGUGCACCAGCUAACCUUUAUCUACAUUUUGAUUUUUUGGGUUAACGCUGCAAGCAAUGGCCUGUUGCCAUCUGUGCAGACAUACUCUUGUAUGCCAUAUGGCAACCUCGCCUAUCACCUGUCUGCUGCCCUGGCAUCAGUGGCCAACCCACUGGCUUGCACCAUUGCAAUAUUCUUCCAAAAUAGGUCGCUGGCCUUUCUUGGUGUGCUGACUGUUAUUGGGACAGGAUUUGGCAGCUAUAACAUGGCUAUGGCUGCUAUGAGUCCAUGUCCUUUGCUGCAAGGAUCUACAGCAGGAGAGGCCAUCAUUGUGCUCUCCUGGCUCUUCUUCAUUGGAACUCUGUCGUAUGUGAAAGUAAUGGCGGGAGUGAUCCUGAGGGACCGGAGUCACAGCGCCCUGGUCUGGUGUGGAGCUGCAACACAGAUGGGGUCAUUAGUUGGCUCAGUCACCAUGUUCCCACUGGUUAACGUCUACCGGCUGUUUAAGUCGGCAGACUUCUGCAACACCAAAUGCCCCUUGUGAAGGUUAAUUUGACAGCUGAGAGGCUGCAGAUAUUCUUUUGGAUCAGAAUUCUGUGCUUGAAUCCUUAAUAAUAUUUUACAUGUUUUUUUCAUUUAAUUGUUUUUGUGACCA